AUGCAGCAGGAUGAGGUUGAAUUAUUAAACUUCUCCUCAAUUCCCUGCCCUGAAACCAUUUUUUACGCCAAGUAUGAAAUACAAAACUAUGAGAGCGAAACGGUCUUACAGGACCUUUACGAGUUUGAGACAUUCUUAAAAAACAAAAACCAAAUAUGUUGCGUUUUAAAUGGCUCUCUCUAUUUGUAUGCGUUUGAUUCCAUCCCACUUCUACCUGAGUCGCGGCCUUCUGUGCUUGUUUUGGAUAAUUCUGGAAGUCUUAGUCGUUCAUUAUUUCAGCGUGAAAUCAAUCCAGUUAAUUAUUUGAUACAGCUUAACUUUGUCCGAGCUUUAAGGCGUUUAAACGUGUAUCAUCUUUGUAAAGAAUAUGGGUUUCUCUCUCUCAAGGAGUCUCUGGUCCCAAUAAGGACUGCCUCAACAUACUUUUUAGAGGGCUUGGAUGUUUGUGAAUGUCCUCUUCUUGAUUUACAUAUUGGUUUUCUGAAAGACGGCUCUAUGGAGUUUUCAUUUCAACCAACGGGGUUGUCACUAUAUUGCUUAUCAAAUAUAAAAAAUUUAGAAGAUUAUCUAUUACAGGAUGUUGUUUUGUUGCCAUUUGGAUGUAAAGCAAAAUUAGUCUCUUUACAUUCACCUUCCUCUACGUCAACAAUUGAAACUUUACGAAAUCGCUAUGGCUAUUCUCAACUUUUGACAAAGAAAUGGGUUGGUAUUCAAGUUGAAUUUUUAGACUACGCGUUUUCGUGGCCGCUGAACCUUUGUUUCCUGGAAAAACCCCUAUUUUCCUCGCAUUCCCUAAAUGAUUUCGACAAGUACUUUUCGACUGAAGCAUACUCUUUUCCUUUUAAUGCAUCAAAAGACAUGCUAUCAAAAGAUCAGAGUAAAAACGACUUUUUUUCAACCUCGGAAAACGUGGAUCAGAUUGCUUCAACUUGUGCUCCUUUGAAGCCAGGGCUGCCAAAUCCGUUGACUAUACCUUCUAGUCCCCGAUUGCCUAUACAAGAAAUACACGAUCCCUUUUCAUUAGCGGAAAAUGGUGCGGAAGAUAUUGAUCGAGGAAAUGAUUUACUCAUGGAAGAUAUCGAAGAUAUUGAGGACGUUGGAGUCACCGAAGCUGAUUUUGAUUAUUUUGAUUUACCUACCCAUCAUAUAAAUCCGUACUCUGAAAAUGUAAAAGAAAUAGAGCUGAGGUCUGAGAAUUUAAGUCAAGUUGGUUUGGAAAACCCUGUAAAAGAUACGCAAGCCGACCAUCACCAAUUGCCUUUAUCACCGAACACUUUCAGUCAAAAAGAAUGCAGUAUACCUGUGAAAAAUUCAUCCAAAAGCUCUUUAGAGCCUGUAUCUCCAAAAAACUCCCUCAAAUUCUCUGGUAUUGAUGAUUCACCUUUUGAGAAUCAUCAUGAUGAAGUUGUCCCACCGUUAUACAAUGCAGUUCCACUCCCCUCCUCCUCAGUCAAUAUUGCGAAAAAAUACUCAAUUGGUGGAAAAUAUUGGUGUCCUUCUGAUUUACUCUCUCGAUCUAAUAGUCAAGGAUCAAUAACAAACUCUGUCAGCAGUGUUGAGGAUGAAAAGAAUUCGCAUGAAGAAUUUCGGGAGACAAUUGAAUGCCAAUCUAAUUCUAUGGAGAACUCUAUUGAAAGAAAAGUUCCCUUUCCAUCGCUUGAAACUAAAAGUGCAGAGUUUUUUACUUUUUCUUCAGUUGGUAACAAUCCAAAUGUUACUAAAGUAAGCGAUUCUUUUAAGCCUUUAUUUGAGGAUUACAAUUUAAAGCACCUCAAAACGGUUAAAGACGAAGAUUUAUUAGAGAUUAUUUUGAGUCAGCCAUUCUAUUAUUAUUUAUUACCUUUCUGGAGAAACCAAAAAUCCGAGUAUAAUUGCAGUAGUGAUUCACAUGAUUAUCUCUACAUUCAGGAUGCAACUAAAUUAUUUUUCGAAGGCUUAUUUUCAGGACAAGGUGAAAGUAUCUCCUUAAAAUCUUGCGUUUCUUGGGAAACAGAGAUGAACAGGAAUGGUACCCAAACCGUUGAUAUGGCUAAUACAUAUAUAACGAAUGAGAAUCAACCAGGUGUAAUACUAAAAUAUAAUAAUCAAAAGCUGACGGUCGAUUUUAGUGCCACUAAACAUUGGUUAUCUUUGAACCUUCAGCCGCUCAAUGAAAGAAGAAACUACACAGUUUUACUUUUUACCCAUGAAGCUCCAACAUCGGUCGCCGUGGUCAAAUCUGUUUUCGAUGAUAUUCGUUAUGCUUAUGCAAAUAGUUAUUUUGGUAAGCUUGAGCUUAAGAACCUAGUAACCUUUGAUAAAGACGGGAUAAUUGAUUAUGAUUCAACAUUUUCGAUGGUGUUCUGUGAAUCUGGCAACCAUGUUAAUGAAGAAAAAAAUAAAAAUAUAUCAGAUCUGGUUAAGGAAUGUGCCAAUGUUUAUCCGAAUGGUAAUCUUCUAUUUUUAUUCUUUGUUGAUGAUUCCGCUCGUUCGUUCUUUUCAAUAUGUCAGUUCUAUAAUCUGUUUAAUGAAGCUUUAUCUAAUGAAACUAAAGAAGAAAUUUUGUUCAAUGAGAAAUUUUCUUUGAAAAUAAUACCUUCCACUGUCGUUUGCGCUAUUGGUCAACCUCUUUCAAUGAAGGAUUUAUCUCCUAUAACUAUUGCUUUGGACAUAUACAAUACUUCACCGAUGAAGAAUCUUUCUUUUAAGACUAAAUUCCGUUCUUAUGUUGUUGAAAAACCUAUCGAUACUUUACUGCAUUAUAGAUUGGCUAAUACAUGUUCUGCCAAUGCCUUGUUCAAUGAGUACACUUUACAUAUGACUUAUGCCAUCGUGCUUAAUAAGUACGUAUUAUGCAGCUGGACUGAUACUUAUGGUGAAAUCGAACAUUUCGAAUGGUUUGUGUUAUAUCAGACAGAUCAACUGGUAGACGUAUUUCAAAAAAUAUGGACGACCACCAAUGAUAUUAUGAAAAAGGGAUCUUUUACUUGGUAUUUGAGUAUAAUAAAAGUUGGAAGUCUAUCCUUAGAGGAAUUAAAUGCUUGGAAACAAGUGGCAGAGACUCAAGGGUGUAUGAGUAAUUCGAAGUUUAAUAUCGGCGAUUGCUUGAUUUAUGAAAAUUCCAAAUCCUGUGUAAAUUUUUUUUCUAAUAUUCCUUUCAGAAAAUGCAACAAUUCCUAUAACUUGUUGCAAGCCCCUGAAAACAUCGAGAUUGCAGGUAUAGUGAGAGAAGCAGCCACUUCUUUCCCCAACUAUAACGUCUCGAAUAUUAUUCCUUGCCUUGCUUAUGGAUUACUCGGACAUACUAAACGUGGUUUCAUUAAGCCAGUUGCCAAAAUACAAUUGUUUCACCUUAAGCAGAAUGAACCGACUUUAGUUUUGCGUAAGUUAUUAAAAGAAUACAUAUUCAUGUCUUUCUCUUCUAUAAGAAAUCAUUAUUCAUCGGUUCCGAUUCCCCAUAAUAUAUCGGCUGUCCUGUAUCAAGGACAAUUACUUGAAUACUUGAGAGGGGGAAAUCGUUGA